CCCACUCGCCACUCUUUUCUCUGCAUGAUGUCCCACCCACAAACGAUCAAAUUCAAAGCCAAAGCAAGACUACCAUCCCUACGAUCAUCAUCAUCAUCAUCAAAUCAUCAACAUGAAAGCUCCUUCUCAUCUUCAAAUCAAGCUUCAACAGCAAAAACUACAACAACAAGAACAACAACAACCAACCGCCAGCCUUCCUUUGCCUCCAAGCUUAAGCCUGGCUUAAUCUUCUCCUACCAACAACACUUUGGUGAUCAAAUUCAAAGCCAAAGCCAAAGCAAGAGUACCAUCCCUGCCUCUGCCUCUUCAUGUUUUAAUUCGAGUUCUAAGCGUUGGGGUGGCCUGAAACUCGGCUGCCUUCACCUCUGGUUCAUGGCCACCCAUGCUGACUUGUCUUCUUCAGUUCACUCCCCCUCCGAUGCUACUAUUAGAAAGAAAAAGCUUAGUGGGCAGCGGAAGAAAGAAGAGCUUGAAAAAGAGGUUUCUCUGCUUCAGAAAAUGCUGAGUCAAGAAAAAGUUCAUCUAGUUUUGGAGCAUGUCCAAAAUCGACACAUAAAAGGGUCUGCUCUCAGCAUCCCAAACUUCCUUCCUCCCAAGGUGAAGGAGCUCCUAGCAGAGUUGGCUAUGGUUGAAGGUGAAAUAACUCGACUUGAAAACCAAAUCAGUCAACUUCAACUUGGAUUGAAACAAGAACAGGAAGCAAAUAAGGAAUCAAAAUAUAGACAAUGGCCACAUGGGACUCCAUACAAUCCAGUUAGCCGUUCAUCACAUUUUACAUUUCCUAGCCCCAUGAACAAUGCUGUUCAUGAAAGGAUGGCCUUUGAAACCAAGGCAUUGCAUUUUAUAAGCAAAGCUAUAAAAGGUGAUUAUAAUCUUAGUGAUUUUAGUUUAGAUGAGAAAAAGGGAAUUCUGCAACGAUCCGAUGAUCAGAAAGAAAAUUAUUUCAAUGAAGAUAAAUUUCAAGAUAAGGUCCCAAGAAAAAGUGGAACAUUGUUGAAGCCAGCCUCACCUUUAAGAGAUCCAAGAAAUCCAUCACCCAAGCCACGAGAACGUAAUUUGGGAACUCCGAUGGACCUCCUACCAAAAACUAUACCUGUUCAAGUUAAUCCAGAAGAGAACUUCCAAAAUUUGCAUCCCAACAAGCUCUCAGAGGAAAUUAUGAAAUGUUUGAACUUCAUAUAUAUCAGGAUGCUAAGAACAACAAGAGCAAUGGAACUAGAGAAGUCUGGCCCCGUUUCUAGAUCUGCAUACUCUUCUGCAAGCUCAAGAAGCUUCAGGGCUGAGACCCCCAUAAACUCAAAGUCUAUGUUACAAAAAGAAUCGAGGCAACAAGACCCGUAUGGUAUUUUCAAUGUGGAAGAGUGCAUUCCAAGGGACAUUGGCCCUUAUAAGAACUUGGUUAUUUUCACAUCAAGCUCUAUGGAUCCUAAAUGCAUCUCAAGCAACAGUUCUAUUCCACUGCUGAGAAAGUUAAGGGCCUUGUUGAACAGUCUCCAGACAACGGAUUUAAAAUCCUUGACAAACCAACAGAAACUAGCAUUCUGGAUCAACAUGUACAAUGCUUGUAUCAUGCAUGGAUUUCUCCAAUAUGGAGUUCCUGCAAACCCAGAAAAAUUACUCACCCUGAUGAACAGAGCAACUCUCAACAUAGGAGGCAACAUCAUAAACGCUCAAGCCAUAGAACAUUAUGUUCUUAGAAAACCAGCAUCUUCCAACAUGAAAGAGGCUUAUAGGAAAGGCGAAAAAGAUGAUAAAGAAUCCAUUGUUCGUGAACUUUUUGGGCUAGAAUUAAUGGACACAAAUGUCACAUUUGCUUUAUGUUGUGGAACUCGUUCUUCUCCCGCAGUGAGAAUAUACACAGCCGAUGGAGUAGUAGCGGAAUUAGAGAGAUCGAAACUAGAGUACCUGCAAGCUUCGAUUGUGGUGACAGGCACAAGAAGGAUUGCAAUCCCAGAACUUGUGCUGCGACACAUGCUUGAUUUUGCAGUAGAUAGAGAGACAUUGGUAGAGUGGGUUUGCCACCAAUUGCCCACAUCUGGGUCGCUCAGAAAAUCCAUGGUGGACUGCUUCAGGGGACAUAGCGGGGGAAAAAUGUCGAGCACCAUUAUUGACAAAAUUCCUUACGAUUUUGAGUUCCAGUAUCUAUUGGCGGUCUAAACAUGAGGGACUAUAAAAUACACUCAAAUUUGAAAGGGCUUUUGAAGGAUUCUUUUGUUGGGCCAAAUCCAUAUGUACGGCUUGUCCAUAUUGGCUGUUACCCAUAGGAAGGGUUGUUUUGUUUUCCCUUCCUUAGAAUUUUCUUUUUUUUUUUUUUUUUUUUUGGCUAAAAGAAAAUAUGAUAUUUUAUUUCAUGAACUAAAUACAG